UUUUCUUCCGCCAUAGCUCGAAACAGUCUUUCCUGUGAGAGAGAACAUCACCUCACGUCGCAACAUGCCGUGAUAACCUGUCAGAUUUGUAUCAAGCUAAUUUGGAAAAAUAUGAUGGGGAUUCAGAAAAUAAUAUAUGUUUCAAUAUUUAUUUUGUGUCAUUAUCAUGUUUUGAGGUUGUCGUCUGUGACGGCGCAAGAGAAUGAUGAAUCACUAGACCACAUGCUAGAGGAUGCAGUGCCCGACUUGGAGAACAGCCCCAAGUUUGUGGAGUCAGAGGACCUGGACUCUCUGCCAAAGAGACAAUUCAAGACAGCUGAGAUCGCAGAUGCUGUGAUGGGGACCGAAGCUCCCAUCAGUCCAUCUGACAUCGAGUCCCUCUUCCCUAAAAAUGUGAAAGACUUCCAGUCAGGCUUCUCCCCACCUUGUGAUGAGAAUAGUGCCCAGUGUGGCUCUCCUGCUCAGGCUGCUAAAGGAGCAUCACCGGAGGAGGGGAGCUUUGAAUCAUCGCAGCAGAUCACUCUUGACAUAGUCCAUGCAGACAUCACGCCAGCUGAGGAGCAAAAUGUUACAGAGACCGCCAAGACAUACAAGGUGACCUGUGAUAAGAGGAACAUCACAGGGAUGGCCAAUUUCACUGUGCAGGUCCUUAACGCUUCACAGGACCUGAUGGAGUUCCUGAACGCUAACAGCACAGAGUGCUCAGUGGUGCUGUUCUUCACCGCCUGGUGCCAGUUCUCUGCCAGCCUGGCACCUCACUUCAACGCCCUGCCCAGAGUUUUUCCCAGCAUGCACUUCCUGGCACUGGAUGCGUCGCAGCACAGCAGCCUUUCCACGAGGUUUGGGACUGUGGCAGUGCCCAACAUCCUGCUUUUCCAAGGGGCCAAACCGAUGGCUCGCUUCAACCACACUGACAGAACACUGGAGACGCUCACAUCCUUCAUCAUUAACCAGACAGGGUUUGAUGCUGCACCCGACGGAAGAGUGAUGGAUGCAGACCGUCUUGGCCCCCUCCCCAGUGUGCCAGUGAAGAGCAUCGACUGGCUGCUGGUCUUCUCAGUGCUCUUCAUCACAGGCUUCACUCUGUACGCCAUCCUGCGGACAGACAGCAUCCGCUGGCUCAUCCCGGGACAGGAGCACGAGCAUCAGGACUGAAAACACAAACACACACACACAUUCGGUGCACAUGAUUGUUUGAUAAACAACCCAGUUUGUUAUUAAAAUUAACAGUUGCUAAAUUGAGUAAAACUAAUUUAUGUGAGCCAUUGUGAUUUAUAAUAAAGAAUAUUUAUAAUAAA